AAUUAUUUAAUACCACAAUGUAAGGCCAAACCAAGAACAUAAGACUAACCUUUUUUUUUGUUUUUUUUUGUGUUUAUUUUUUUUUGCACGUGAAAAAGUAGUGAGUGAAAACAAGCGCAACUCACAACAACAACAACGACCAACAACACAAUCAAUAAAAACGGCACAACUCAAACAAAAAAUUUAACCAAAACGCGUAAAGUAAUGCUGUAGUCAUUAAAUAUCAUUAAGAUAUUGCUAAAGUAUUACGCUGCACCAACUGAGUUAAAAGUUUGGCGAAAACAAAUGCAAAACAGCAACGUCUAAAGUCAACGGAGCCCCGGCCGCUUUAAACGAAGCGCCUCCGCUCUUCAAGUAUACUGUAUACAUACGUAUAUAUAUACUCGUGAAAUAUUUAGCAUAAUAGAAAUAGUAGAAAAGGCAACACAAUGUCGGCGCAGUCAGUUUAUCUGAAGAUUGUGCGCCUGUCCUUGCGAUCGGCAUCAAAUCUAUCUAAACGCCGGAUAGACGACCUAAACGAGUAUAUACCCCAAUUGCGGCAGCUGCUUUCCUGUGUGGUUUGCUGUCAGCUUCUAAUGGAUCCCUACUCCCCGAAACGCAGACGUUGUGGCCAUCAUGUGUGCCGUCUAUGCCUGCGCGGCACCAAACGCCUCACACCCAGUUGCACCGUGUGCAAUGAUUGCUCGGACUUCAAGACCUACGAGGAGAAUCGUUCGAUGGCUCUGCAGCUGCUCUGCUACAAGACGCUUUGCGCCCAUUUACUGCAGUCCUCUAUGUUCGCUCAGCUCGCUGGCAUGAAGCCAAAUUUAAGUUAUGAAAGUUUCAUCAAAACUCCGCUCAUAAAGCUGCCCCCGAAGACGACACAGGAAUUCAUUAAAGAAGGUGCCAACUAUGAUGAUAUGGGGGAUACAUUUUUGACUGAGCCAGAUCUUCCGUUACUGAAAAACUUUCCCUCCUCACUGCCUGCUGAGACGCCACCCACAACAGCAGCGACCACGCCCGAGUUGCCCUUCGAGCAGCAUUUACCAGAACCACUGUCCUACACUGACAUCGAACUGGAGGCAGCCACAACGGCAGAGCAGGCGCAGCUACCGCUGCCGAUACUGCCCAAAGGUUCCCGCAUGCUGAGGCAUAAUGUGAUUGCUCAGCCACAGGUCCUGAGCACAAUACCUCAACAGUCUCUUACACAGCUAACGGCCGGCUAUCUGGAUUCCAGCUGGAACGAGCAAGUAGAUCUCACAGCAGCGAUCACAAUUCCAGAAUUUCAUCACACAGGGCUAGCUACGAGUACGCCCAACUUUACAUAUGUAUUGCCGAGUGCCCCACAUACAGUCGUUAUGCAAACAGCCCCCGGACAUCUCACUCAGCAAAUGCCUUCUAUUGGCCAGGUGGUUCAAGUAACGAACGCAGCAGAGACAGCGCCAAUUGCUGCAGCACCGGCCAUCACCACUCUGGGCACCUCCCUCAGCAGUUCCAGCUUAAAGCGCAAGCAUGAUGAUGAUAAUGAACAGAGCAGCGACGAAGAGAAAACUACGUCAGGCGUUGCCACGCGCAUGAAGUUGCGUAAGAAGAAUCCGACAAUAAUUUCCUCAAUACAGGUGCAGCCGCCAGCGGAUUCAACUGCCAUCAAAAGCACAGGGCCGAGCGCCUUUCAAAAGGUACAGCAAGCGCCCAAAAGUACCCGCGCGCCGCAUCCAUGUCGCUGUGGACAGUCAACCCAACCAGGCAGCACAACGUGUCGGGGCUCUCGUUGUCCUUGCUACAGCAACGGCUUGGGUUGUAAGGACUGCAAGUGCAAUGGCUGCCAGAAUCCCAACCCAAUCGACGGCCACAAUUGCGAUCUGGACGAUGAACUGCCCGCCAAAUCCUCCGAAAAGAGCGAGCCUUGCCACCAGGCAUCUGAGCAGCAAAUUGAGUCGCAGCCACAACAACAACAACAGCCGCUGCCACUAUCAGGCCUCACUUUUGUUGCACUAAGUAACUUGCACCAGUCGCAGCAUCCGCUGGUGCUCAUGCAAAAUGAAAAUGGCGAAUAUCAAGGUUUCAACGUCUUCACCAAUGGAGAUGUGCCCGUCGACCCAGCUGAGUUGAAUCUGGAACGUGUGUCGCUGCAAAACAAUGAAGGGAACACAACGAUUGCGUACAUUAUACCGCCACCGCCGGCGGUGCCACAAGUGGUUGAAAACUUUGUCUCUGGUCCCUUCUCGCCCAUCGAAUCCAUAGAUGAGUUCGUCAGUGGCACAUCGAGCAAUGCUGCUGCCGGCAACAGCAUUGCUACUGACGAUCAGCAUCCAUCCUUGGAGGAUAUUAUGUCCGAUUCGGAUUUGUAAGCAUUGUGUUUUGGUUCGCUCGAUGUCGUUGUAUUCUUUUUUUUUGCGUAAUGAUCUUUUAUAUAUUUAUUUAUAUGUGUAUAUUUAAUUUAAUUUUUUUUUUUUUAAUACUACAAAGAUAAUUUUGUAUUGACUCCUUUAUUUGCUUUAGCAUUUCCCGAUUUAAUUGUUUCUAUUUUUUCUGUUUUUUUUUUUUCGAAACCACAAAAAAUCUGAUUUCAAAAAAGUAUCAAUUUCCUUGUCUAUUCCCAAAUUUACUUUUAGAGACAUACUUCAAGAAGAUGACUUGUCAAACCUUUUAUAAAACGCGAAAAUCACGAUUUUCCAGCCAAUUUUUGUGACUUAGGCAUAAAGACAUAUUUCACAUUUUCCUACUCUAUAACUAACAACCAGGAUUGUAUAUUUAAUUUAUACAAAUUGCAAAAGCAGCAGCUUAUUCAUUUAUCUCGUAGCUUGUAAGGAAUUCGAAAGUCAGAUUGUAAAAUGUUUUAAACAAAAUUACAAGCUUUGAAAAUAUGCUGUUUGUGUCAGCGCGUUGUAAACCAAAAACAAUUUUUUUUUUCAUAUUAUUAAGCCUAUUUUUUUCAUACAUUUAAGACAUUUUUUUGAGCAUGAAU